CUUUCCAGAGUUCGUAUGGGAUCCCGUCCAGGCCGGGGGCUUUGAAGUUCGCCGAGCUUUUCAAUGCCUCUUCCACAUCAUCGUGUGUCAACUGCGCCCGGAGUUUGGUGUUCUGCUCCUCCGUUGCUUGGGUCUGGGUCCUUCCUAGCACGCGGGUUGUUACCUGCUCGCGUUCAUCGGGGUCGAUUUGCCAUUUCUUUCGAAUUGGUCUCGUACUGUGUGGCAUUGGCGGGUUCACCAUCCCUGAGCGGCUUUGCCAGUCGAGUAGCGUCCGAUUAUCUCACCAUGGAGUCUGUUUUGUAUUUGUGCGCUCAGUCGGGAGGAGCGGUAUCUCUUCUUUUGUAGUCCUCCUUGUUUGCAGCUCCAAUCCGGCUUGGUGGAUGUGUUCUGCCAGCAGUUUAUCUUUGAUCAG